AUGAGACCUCUGCCUCAGAUUACCAUGAAUGACAAGGAUGAGGCUCGCUUCCUUCACCAUUACAUUCUUCAUGUUUCGUCACUCAUGGUACCUGUUGAUGCUGCCGGCAACCCUUGGAAGUCAACUUACCUGGCAAUCGGGUCCCGGAAGGCGACUGCAGGGGCACGCGCAUUAUAUUUUGCAACACUUGCUCAGGGUGCCCUUCACCUUGCUCAUCUGAAAGGUACUCGAAACUGUGCGGGCGAGAAAGCCCAUGCUGUGAAAUAUAUUGGAGUGGCGAUCAAAGAGCUCCGCAAUAGUUUGAGCUCACAAACUGAUGACUAUACCAGCGUCUUAGCCGCGGUAUUAUCACUCAUCGCUGUUCAGCAUGUCUUUCAAAACAAUUCACAUGGCUGGCGUGAGCAUUAUCGAGGCGCCAUUGGAUUUGUAUCACAAUAUCUGCCUGAUAGACCAUGGUCGUUGUCAUGGGAUUCUUGGAUAGUGACGCAAAGUUUUGUGCUCGGUAUCAUUUUCGCUGAGACUGCAAACAACUCUGGCGCUGUGUUUGAAACGCCUGUCUCCCCAGUGCACAAUUUACUCACCGAGAUGAUGACCGAACCACGACUUGGGUGCACAGUUGGUGGAAACGCCCGUCAUCUGGAAGCAAUUCACCAAAUUCGCUUGUUGGAGGUACAAAUCGCACGCAGCGGCAGGACUGAAUCGCAGGACAUGAGCCCGGCAACACUCGAACAAGUCUAUCAAAUAAUACAACAGCUUGAAAACUUCCAAGAUGAUCAAUUGGAGGCAGAGCAAUCAUCGAAUGAAGAGCUCGAGUUUGAUAUGCCAUCACCAACACAGACUCUCGUCAAACUUCAUUCACAAAUCUUUGACGGGGCUGUAAUGAUUCACCUGUGCCGAGUCGUUCUCCAACGUCCUCCAUCAGCAGUGGCCAGUUACGUGCAUCAAGUGCUUACAAAUGUUGGAAAGUUCAUGGACGCAGGUGGAGGUGAAGUCUCAGCUUGGCCAGUGUUUAUCGCAGCCGCGGAAGCCUUUACGAGUGAAGAUCAGCAUUUGGCAUCUCGCUACUUUUGUCAAAGUGAAAUGGUAUUUGCUGGUAAUCGAACGGACAUGCAUUCGGUGGUUCGCCAAGUUUGGGCGGAUCGCGAGACUCUUGGAAUAGAGCAGGAUUGUAACGCUGGAGAUGUCGGACUCGACUGGCGAGAUGUUAUGAGGCGAAUGGACAUAGAUAUACUGCUAUUAUGA